AUGGAGGGGAAAGGCGUAGAGGAUGAAAAGAAAAAGAAAGAUGGCGUUAAAGGUGGUGAGAGUAAGAAAGUUCACCCAGUUGUGCCUCAUUACUCACCCUUCUCUUCUCUCAAUCUCUCCGAACACCAUUUUGAUUCAAUGGAGGAAAAUCAAGGUUUUCCAAAAGUCGAUGUACACUAUAAUGGUACUUUUGUGUCUAUUCCGUUAGUGGAUUUUGCUCCAAAAGUACUACGACUAAAUGAAGAUGCAAACAAGUUUGUUUUCUCCGAUUUCAUCAAAUAUGUUGAGAAGCUUAUCGAUUUUCUGUACAAGCACGUGUAUUACUGUAUACCUGAAGUGAGAUUGAGUGAGGGGCUCCAAACACUACAAAAUGAAUGUGACUACUCCGAGUUUCUUGAGGUUGCAAAUGCUAACAGACAUGUGGAUGUGUAUAUUAACCAUGAUAAUGAACCUAUAUUUGAGUGGAUUCCGAAAGAAGAACCGGACGAUGAAGAACUUGUGUAUUCAAAAGAAGAUGUCGACUCUGUUUUGGCAGAUGAUGAGAAUUAUGAACAUGAAGAAGAUGAAUCUGUUACAUCUAGCAAAAGAAUCUUCAAAAGAACCUAUAAUGAUAAUUUUUUGAACAAGUUAUGUCCAGUAGUUGUUGAAGAUGAAGAUGAAAAAGGUAAUGAACUUCCGGCUGUCUAUCGUAGGCAUGAUGCUACUAUAAAAUGGAGGAAGAUGAAGCCUGAACUAGGUAUGAGAUUCUCUUUUGUUGCUGAACUUAAGUCAUCUCUCAAUAACUAUGCAAUUGCACAUGGAUAUGACCUGUAUUAUGAGAAGAAUGACAAGGAUAGGUUGUUUGUAAAAUGUUGUAAAGGAAAAAGACCACAAUGCCCUUUUAGACUAUGGGAUUCUUGGAUGAAAGAUGAGCAAACAUUUCAAAUAAAGUCCCUUAGAGAAGACCAUACUUGUUCAAGGGCAUUCAAACUUGGGUCAAUUGUUACCUACAAGUAG